GGUAUAUCGUCUGCUGUGCAGUAAACUCAGACAUAUUGAGAUCCACCAUGCAGUGGGAAACAUUGAGUGAUGGGAACGAUUGGAGGGUAACCAGAUCGAGGUCGAAACAAAAUGAGAAAUCUUUUGAAAAUUUCUUUUUCAAUAUGGAAAUGGAUGAAACAAAUCUUCAUGUGAAUUUCAGCCAGUCUGUUACAAAAGUGAACUUAUAUGGCACAGGUGACAGACUAGAGAUCACGAUGGGGCUUCCAAGUCAGAGAAAAACAUCUGAAUACAAAAGAAGAAAUGUUACAUUUGCUAAAAGGAAGAAAGCUGAGAUCCAAAGGGAGGCACCUAAGCCUCGCAGAGGAUUGACUCUAUUACAACAAAUGCAGAAAAGAAAAUCUACUGCAUCUACUUCAGACUACCCAGCCAGCAAGUAUCACAAAUACAAGGGAGACUAUCAAAACAGUAGCAGUCAAAGCGGAAGAGAAGACAAGGGCGGUAACAGCGGUGAGAAAUCCACUUCCAGACGACAUUCCGACUCGAAGGACACGAGUGAUGAGAGGGACGAGGAAAAGGCAGUCACUAAAAGAAAGAGUGAGAGGGAGGAGAGAGACAACAGAAAGAGGAGAAGAGGAAGUUCCAGCGAAAGUGAUGACGAGGCGCGCAAAGUGCACACGUCACGCAGUGACGACAAGCAUGAGAGAAACAAAUACAGCGGGGAGCAGGGCGAUUUUGAAACAGAAUUAAAGAACGGCAACUCAUCGAAGGGGGAUAACUCUGACUACGAGUGUGAGCUUCUGUCCAACUAUUGAAAAUCCUAAGAAUUGUAUUUAUUCUAAAAAAAUUAACUCUUUCUCUCCUUAAUUAUUUGUCAACGUUUCGAAGGAAUUCUUCAUUUUGCUCAUUACUAUUUCACUCCCCCUGUUGUGAUUAAGCGUCAAUAGCUUUGUUGUUUGUUAUCUGAAAAUGUUGUAUCUGGUAUAGAAUUAAAGGGAAAUGCAUGCUCUUUUUACAUAACUUAAAGUCAUUUGUAUAAAAUGAAGCAUUAAUUUAAUUUAAUGAGGUCAAAUAAACGAUGGUAUCGUUGAUUAGGAGAGAAUGAGUUAAACUUUUAUUUGAUGAAUACAUAUAAAGUAUUAUUUUAAAGGAA